AAUGGGGUUAUGAAGAGUCGGACAUGACUGAACAACAAAUAUAUACUCAUGGCGAUCUGUCCUAAUCUAAUAAUCUUUUAUCAGUUGAAUAUGGCCCAACUGGUAUGGUAAGUUUCUAAAGUAAGAAUUGAAUCGUUUUUAUUUAUUUGAGAAUAUGUUCUUGCUGGUCUUGCAUACUUAAUCCUUUCAAAGCUUGAAAGUAGCAUAUAAUUAGGUUAAAUUAGUGUUUGUAGAUAAUCUUAGAAUUGUGUGAAUUUUGUGUGAUUUUCUGCCUACUUUUCUGAUCGAGGAAAAAUUCCUUGGAAUUCUGAUGAGAGACUUCUCUGUAUUUAGAGACAGCUUUGGACCCUAUUUACUUGGUUGAUUGCCAGAACUAGUGUCUAUUCACUAUUGUCUACAUAUGCAUGUACUCCGUGCAUAUAGCUUUGGAGAAUACAACAUAAACUCUCUCCCUAUGUCUUGAUAUGAGGCAAAUGGAAUAAGAUAUUUGUGAAGGUACAAGUAUAUUCCAAAAACAUUUCUAUGGUAUGUGAUUUUUAAAAGAAAGAUUUGAAACAUUCAAAGGCAAAAAAUAGUUUCAUGGAGAAGGUGAUAUGGUGGAAAAUAAGGGAUCUGUAGUCAUGGGAUCUAGAUUCAAAUGGUAUCCAUGCUACUUAUUAAUUCAUCUAAAAUGAGAGGGUUAGAUUAGUGCAUUCCAGCUCUCAAGUCUAGGAUCUUCUGAAUGUCUAACUAUGAAAAUUCGUAUUUUGAAUCUGUUAUUCAGGCUCAGCCUCUGGCUUACUGUGUUCACAACUGAUUUCUUUCCCUCUGCUUUCCUCUCUGUACCUGCUUAUCUGCUUUUUAAAGUGAAAAUUAACCAAACUUCAGUGUUAUCAUGAAGACUAAUGGGUUUGUUAAGUUCAUUAACUUUGGCACAAUAGUGCUAAGGAAGGUUGUUGGGGUUGUAGCUUUGUCUCUUUUUACAUCCUGUCCUCCCAUAUCCCCUUCCUUAAACAUGUACUGUACUUAGUCAUAUAAAUGCAAAACUAUUAAAUCAUAUUUUAAAACCAAAACUGGGUAUGUGGCCAUAUUUUGAGCUACUGAAGUGAAUCAAAAAAUCUGCAUGUAAUAGACAUACAAAUCAAUGUAACUAUGAUUUCGAUAAUAUAAUAAUAAUAUAAUUUAUCAACCUAUAGAGAAAAUACCUCAAAUCUUAAGGGUUUUUAAGUUUUUAAAUCUAUUUUAAACAUACUAGCAGAUAAAAUGUCACAUUUAAAGAUUAUACAACUUGGAUUGGUCUAUUUUGUCCAUAAUAUCAUUUCAUAUUAAAAAGAUGGACCUUUGUUUCAGGGAGAAGUUUGGGAUCAUUAAAAGAACUUGCCAUUUUCCAAAGGCAGUCCAGCCUGCUUUCCUCCUCCUGUUCAGUUAUGAGUUCAACUCAUUGUCCACUUGCAGUGUUUGUACAAUGUGGAGCGUAGACGUAUUUAUGAUAUUGUAAAUGUCCUAGAAAGUUUGCAUAUGGUCAGUCGCCUGGCAAAGAACAGAUAUACUUGGCAUGGACGUCAUAAUCUCAACAAAACCCUUGGAACUUUGAAAAGUGUUGGUAUGGAAAACAAAUAUGCAGAACAGAUCAUGAUGAUCAAGAAGAGAGAAUAUGAGCAAGAGUUUGAUUUCAAUAGUGACAAAAAUGAAGAGGCCACAGUGAAACCUGGCUCUGGUCAAAAUGGACAUUCUGAUAUGUGCUUUGUGGAACUUCCUGGAGUAGAAUUUCGAGCAGCCUCUGUAAAUAGUCGAAAAGACAAGUCCUUAAGAGUGAUGAGCCAGAAAUUUGUGAUGCUGUUUCUCGUAUCCACCCCUCAAAUAGUAAGCCUUGAAGUUGCCGCCAAAAUUUUAAUUGGUGAGGACCAUGUAGAAGACUUGGAUAAAAGCAAGUUUAAAACUAAAAUUAGAAGGCUAUAUGAUAUAGCAAAUGUUCUAAGUAGUCUGGAGCUUAUCAAAAAAGUUCAUGUUACAGAGGAAAGAGGCCGAAAACCAGCUUUUAAAUGGACGGGACCAGAAAUCUGUCCAAAUUCCACAGUUCUGAGCCCUGUAACUACCUUUGACUCAUGUGAUUUGGAGCCAUCUCAUUCUUCUAAAGAACAGUGUGCUAAGAAUCUUUUCUCUACUGGGAAACCAAACUUUACUAGGCAUCCAUCUCUAAUAAAACUAGUAAAGAGUAUAGAAAAUGACCGGAGAAAGAUUAAUUCAGCUCCCAGUAGCCCCAUCAAGACCAGUAAAGCUGAGAGUUCUCUGAAGUCAGCGCCCUUCCCAAGUAAAAUGGCUCAACUUGCAGCUAUUUGCAAAAUGCAAUUAGAAGAGCAAUCGAGUGAACUAAAAAAGAAGGUGAAAAUGCAAUUGACAAGACCUACUGUGCACUGUCAAUCUCUUGACUUCAUAGCAAAUCCUGAGCCUAACCGAAGCUUGGCUUCCUCCCAGACACCAUCUCUCAUUCAGCCGCUAGGUGUCCUACCUCUGAUCCACAGCCCCUUAUCUUCUGCAGUGCCUGUAAUUAUGCCUCAUGCCCAUUCGGGCGCCUCCUAUGCAAUCUAUCUGCAUCCUUCCCAGGCCCAAACUGUGACACCCCAAAACCUGAAUUCCACAGUACACCCUGUUCCCUGUACUAAUAUAACUGGAAUUAAAGGUUCUGCUGAGAGUACUGCAAAAGUGACCACAGAAAAAAUCACUAAUGACGUGGUCAAAUCUGAUGUCACUACUAAGCCUGGGAAAGCGUUGCCCACCUCUGAAGGACAAAUCUCAAGGAACGAGGAAAGAGAACCAACUGUCGAAAGAUGUUUGAAGAGGCAGAAUGUGCUGGAGGACAACAGUUCCAAAAAAAAACUUAAAGAGGACCUAAAAGGACUGGAAAAUGUCCCAGCAACCUUGUUUCCAUCAGGAUACCUCAUUCCUCUCACACAGUGCCCGUCGCUUAGUACAGAGUCCAUUUUGUCUCACAAAGAAAAUGCAGGUGCUUGUUCUCCAAAUAAUAGGAUCUACAACUCGCCAAUUACAGGUGUUAUUCCUGUGACAACAUCUGACCUCACUGCUGUGAAUUUUCCCACUUUUCAUGUUACACCUUUGAAACUGAUGGUCUCACCAACCUCUGUAGGAACCGUACCUGUUGUGAACAGCCCAUCCCUUCCUUCUUCGAGCCAUUCCAUUCCUGUCCAAAACCCAAGUUCAGCCAUCGUGAACUUUACCCUGCAACAUUUAGGGCUCAUAUCUCCCGGUGUGCAGGUGUCUGCAAAUGCUGGUGCUGCCUCCGUUCCAGCAUCUCCAAGAACAGAGCCCGUUAGCGCUCCAUCUGAGACCACAGGCAUGCAGCAAGGGAAGGUCACCAAGCACGAGUCACCUGUGCCAGGGCGUGGUCAGGUGAAUGGACAAUCCAUCACUGUGACUACAGGCCAGCAGCCUGUCCCAGUGACACCCAAAGGAUCACAAUUAAUGACUGAAAACUUCUUUCGAACACCAGGAGGACCAACUAAACUGGCUCCAACUUGUGACGAUUUGGAUGGUGCUCGUAAAACCUCUCUGGGACCUCUCUUUGUCCCACAGCGAAAGCUUGAAGUGUCUACAGAAGAUGUUCACUAAUGAUGUCAGUCAAACCUUGAUGCUUAAUAAAUAUUUGAAUUAAUAGGAAGAGAGCUUAACACAAAAAAAUUUAACAUGCUUAUUUGGAAAACAGGUACUACCCCAGAAAAGUUGUAAAUAUGUUUAACGACUGCUUAAUGCAGAGCAGACUCUUACUUUAAUGUGUGUGUAUAUGUAUACAUAUAUAUAUAUUUGUAUAAGUACAGUCUUUAAUACUACAAAAUUAAUGAAAGAAUAUUGAACUCAGGUACAUUACCUUCUGGGAAAGAUUCAUUAUUUCAACGAAAUACUCUGUACCUGUGAUAUUCCACAGAGUAACUGUUCUUAGUUACAAUUUACUCUAGAAAACUAAAUUAUAUUGGCAUAUCAGAACAACAUUCUACUGCACUUUGCACAAGAAGUGCAAUGUAUAAUAUUGUAUUUCUAAAUAGGUGGGACUAUAGCUAUAUUUUUUAAUGUCUUUGAUCCCAUGUUCUUACAGUAAUGUCUUUUGUAAAGGUAGGAAUGAAUCUUAAUCAAGUCUAUGAAAGAAGGAAUUAUUUAUAUAAUGUAUUUUUAAUCAUAAAUUGUUCAAAUUAAAACUUUUUCUAAAACA